ACACACAGUAUAUUACCACUCGUUGCUUCACUUCCUCUUUCUGCCUCUUCAAAGUUAAUUCCUUGUCGCCAUGGCUUCGGCUACUCUCUCUGUGGCCAAAUCCUCUCUCCAGCUUCAGGGUUUCUCAGAAUUCUCUGGAUUACGCAGCUCAUCAGGCCUUCCCUUUGCCAAGAAACCUUCUUCUGAUGAGUUUGUUUCCUUCGUCACUUUCCAGACUAAAGCUCUGGGGAACAACAAUGGCGGAUACAGGAAAGGUGUGACGGAGGCGAAGAUAAAAGUGGCCAUAAAUGGAUUUGGAAGGAUUGGCAGGAAUUUCUUGAGGUGCUGGCAUGGCCGUAAGGACUCUCCCCUCGACGUCAUCGCCAUUAACGACACUGGAGGUGUCAAACAAGCAGCGCACCUCCUCAAAUACGAUUCCACUCUCGGCAUUUUCGACGCCGAUGUCAAGCCUUCUGGAGAUAAAGCCCUUUCUGUCGAUGGAAAGAUCAUCCAGGUUGUAUCUGAUCGCAACCCGGCUAACCUCCCCUGGAAGGACUUGGGCAUCGACCUUGUGAUUGAAGGAACUGGAGUGUUUGUGGACCAAGAAGGUGCUGGUAAACACAUUCAGGCUGGAGCCAAGAAGGUUCUAAUCACUGCCCCGGGAAAAGGUGAUAUCCCGACCUACGUGGUCGGUGUCAAUGCCGAUGCUUACGAUCCAGCCGAGCCAAUCAUCAGCAAUGCGUCUUGCACGACCAACUGCCUUGCCCCAUUUGUCAAGAUCCUCGACCAGAAAUUCGGAAUUAUCAAGGGUACAAUGACAACAACUCACUCUUACACUGGCGACCAGAGGCUUCUCGACGCGAGCCACCGUGACCUGAGGAGAGCCAGAGCCGCGGCUCUGAACAUUGUCCCGACUUCCACUGGAGCGGCCAAGGCUGUGGCUCUUGUCCUACCCAACCUCAAGGGCAAACUCAACGGAAUCGCCCUUCGUGUCCCGACCCCGAACGUGUCGGUGGUUGACCUCGUUGUCCAGGUUUCAAAGAAGACUUUCGCCGAGGAAGUGAACGCUGCUUUCAGGGAAGCGGCUGACAACGAGCUGAAGGGGAUUCUGGAGGUUUGCGAUGAGCCGCUCGUGUCGGUGGACUUCAGGUGCAGCGAUGUGUCGUCGACCGUUGACUCGUCGUUGACCAUGGUCAUGGGAGAUGACAUGGUUAAGGUGAUUGCUUGGUAUGACAAUGAAUGGGGCUACUCUCAGAGGGUUGUCGAUUUGGCUGACAUUGUUGCCAACAACUGGAAGUGAUGAUGAUAAUACUUCUGAGUUAAUCUCAUGUAACAUUGUUCUGGUUCCAUUUUUUUUUUUUUUGCCAACUCGAUUUGAACAUGUCAUAUUGAACUUGUUAUAUCUAUCUAUCUAUCUAUCACUGUCUUGAAUUCAUGUAGAGCUUGCCUGGUUCAGACAUGGCAAAUGUUUCAGAGGA